AUGGUCAUAACUCACAUUGAAUAUUUGACAAUUUAUUGUUGGUUGAAUAUAUCUGAAUUAAUAUUAAUUUUAAACAAUUCACCUUAUUUAAAAUUUCUCAAUGUUACCUUAUAUGAUUUACAGACGUUAAUUAUUAAUGAUGAUGUAUAUAAAAUAUAUUGCUCAUUACACUAUUUACAUGUAACAAUUCGUGACAUUCCAUUUGAUUUUGUUUAUUUAUUAUUAAAACAUUUACCACAAUUACGUUCAUUAUCAGUUCAAGGUUCAUGUAAAGAUUUAGAUUUUAUUGAUGGUGAUUAUUGGCGUGUAUUAUUUGAACAAAAUUUAUUUCUUUUAUCAAAAUUUCGUUUAACUAUACGUAUACGAACGAAAAAACGUGUUAAUUUAAUGGAAUAUGAACAAAAAUUUCAACAUGUCUAUUGGCAAAAUAAUAAUAAAAAAAAUGGUGGCGAUUAUAGUUGUGAAUGUUGGAUUAAUUUAACUAAUAAAAAAUGUGUACUAUGUUAG